UUUGUCACAAUUAGUGUGACAAAUGAGGGUGAAAGAUGGGAAAGUGAAAUAAGAGAGAUAAGAGACAAAAGAACGGCUCUCUAGCUUAGACAGAUACCAGAUACAGCUUUACAUCGAAGGAGAAGAUAAAUGGUACAACGUCUCUUGACAAGUGGGUGCUCAUAUCACCCCCCACUUCCAUACCUACUUCAUUGCCCUUUCACAGACAAAAACAGCGAACCUCAACUCUUUCCUUUGUCUGUUUCCUUCCCCAACUAAACUCAUAGUUUUCAUUUCAUUUUCCAUUAAUUUAUAGCCAAGGAAAAAGCGAGAAAGAUACAGCUUCAUCUUUUAGCUUUGUCUAUUAUACUUAUCUAUAUAUAUAUAUAUAUACACCCAUUUGCUUUCUGAUUUGGAGCUCCUCAGAUUUUGCUUUUACUACUUUCAAUUCGGUUUUAUUUAGUCCUUUCCCGUGGAGUUGAAAGCUUUGAUAGAUUAAAGAAGAGAGCUUGGUGGUGACUGGUGAGUGAUUGAGGAGGAGGUAGGGAAAAAGAAAAAGCUUUUGGUUUUGUUUUUUUAUUUUUUGUUUCAGAGGGCAUUGCUGUAUGUCAGUGGAAUACUACUACAGUGAUAAUUGCUACGGUGGAUACGGUGAGCUUGCCAACCCGUUACAAUGGCCACAACUCAGGAAAAAGAGACGCCCUGUUGCAUUAACACCUCCAAAUCAUCCACUGCCUCUGCUGCUCCUGCUACCCUGCAGCUUCAAAAAGCAUCUGGGGCUCUUCAUGAUUGGAGGAAUAAAGCUUCUGAUCCAUCCCAGGAUCCGAUCCGAAAGACAUCUACUGUAGCCACCCUUAUCCGACCCGUUGAAGCCCUUCCCGAUCCUCCAACCAGCACCACUUCCACCAAAGGUAUUCCAGUCAUGAUGAGGGCUCAAACAAGCCACCCUUUGGAUCCUUUAUCUGCUGCUGAAAUCUCUGUGGCAGUGGCAACUGUGAGGGCAGCUGGAGCAACCCCUGAGGUGAGAGAUAGCAUGCGCUUUGUUGAAGUAGUUCUAGUGGAACCAGAUAAGCAUGUCGUUGCAUUGGCAGAUGCAUAUUUCUUCCCUCCUUUCCAGCCAUCACUACUUCCCAGAACUAAAGGUGGACCUGUAAUUCCAAGUAAACUGCCUCCGAGGAAGGCAAGACUUGUUGUUUAUAACAAAAGGUCUAAUGAAACAAGUAUAUGGGUUGUUGAAUUGUCCCAAGUCCAUGCAGCAACUAGAGGUGGUCAUCACAGGGGCAAAGUCAUUUCCUCCAUAGUUGUUCCGGAUGUUCAACCUCCCAUGGAUGCAGUGGAAUAUGCUGAAUGUGAAGCCGUUGUGAAAGACUAUCCUCCCUUCCGGGAAGCAAUGAAGAAGAGGGGUAUUGAGGAUAUGGAUCUAGUGAUGGUGGAUCCCUGGUGCGCUGGAUACCACAGUGAAGCUGAUGCUCCUAGUCGCAGACUUGCAAAACCGCUUAUCUUCUGCAGGACUGAGAGUGACUGCCCUAUUGAAAAUGGUUAUGCCCGUCCUGUUGAAGGAAUCCAUGUGCUUGUUGAUAUGCAAAAUAUGGUGGUUAUUGAGUUUGAAGACCGUAAACUUGUUCCCCUGCCUCCUGCUGAUCCUUUAAGAAACUACACCGCUGGUGAAACACGAGGAGGUGUUGAUCGAAGUGAUGUGAAACCUCUACAGAUCAUUCAGCCUGAAGGUCCUAGUUUUCGUGUAAAUGGGUACUUUGUUGAAUGGCAGAAGUGGAGUUUUCGAAUUGGUUUCACUUCCAGGGAGGGUUUAGUUAUUUAUUCUGUGGCAUAUAUUGAUGGUAGUCGUGGCAGAAGACCUGUCGCCCACAGGUUAAGUUUCGUUGAGAUGGUGGUCCCUUAUGGAGAUUCUAAUGAUCCACAUUACAGGAAGAAUGCUUUUGAUGCAGGUGAAGAUGGUCUCGGUAAAAAUGCACACUCCCUAAAGAAGGGUUGUGAUUGUUUAGGUGUUGUUAAGUAUUUUGAUGCGCACUUUACAAAUUUUACUGGGGGUGUUGAAACAAUUGAGAAUUGUGUUUGCUUGCAUGAGGAAGAUCAUGGGAUCUUAUGGAAGCAUCAGGACUGGAGAACAGGUCUAGCAGAAGUCCGAAGGUCUAGAAGGCUAACAGUCUCCUUUAUUUGCACUGUGGCUAACUACGAAUAUGGAUUUUUCUGGCAUUUCUAUCAGGAUGGGAAAAUUGAAGCUGAGGUUAAACUCACUGGAAUUCUAAGCUUAGGAGCAUUGCAACCAGGUGAAACCCGGAAAUAUGGUACUACUAUUGCACCUGGACUGUAUGCUCCUGUGCAUCAACACUUUUUCGUGGCUCGUAUGGACAUGGCGGUCGAUUGCAAGCCUGGUGAAGCAUUUAAUCAAGUCGUUGAAGUGAACGUUAAAGUUGAGGAACCAGGAAAUAAUAAUGUUCAUAACAAUGCAUUUUAUGCUGAAGAGAAACUACUGAAAUCUGAGUUGGAAGCAAUGCGUGACUGUAAUCCUAUAUCUGCUCGCCAUUGGAUUAUCCGAAACACAAGAAAUGCCAACCGGACAGGAAAGCUAACAGGUUUCAAGCUAGUACCUGGUUCAAAUUGCUUACCAUUAGCAGGUUCUGAGGCAAAGUUUCUGAGAAGAGCUGCAUUCUUGAAGCAUAACCUUUGGGUCACACCUUAUGCUCGCGACGAAAUGUAUCCAGGAGGAGAGUUUCCUAAUCAAAACCCGCGUGUCGGGGAGGGAUUAGCUACUUGGGUCAAGCAAAACCGAUCACUGGAAGAAGCUGACAUUGUUCUUUGGUAUGUUUUUGGAGUAACACACAUUCCUCGUUUAGAAGAUUGGCCUGUCAUGCCUGUGGAGCACAUUGGAUUCAUGCUUAUGCCUCAUGGAUUCUUUAAUUGCUCACCGGCGGUGGAUGUCCCACCAAGCGCAAGCGAUUUGGACCUAAAGGACCAUGGGUUGGCCGCUAAACCUGUCCAAAAUGGAAUACUGGCUAAGCUCUAAAAGUUAUCAACUUUAUGUUAUUCGAUAUCGUACUUGUAUUCUUUUGUCUAAAAAAGAAGGUAUCGUAUUAGUAUUUUUAUUGCAUCAUUUGAACGUUGUGUAUGGACCUACUCUAAUCAGCACAUCUAGUAAAAAAAAAAAUCUAGACUA